UACCUCCCAACGAUCAAACAAAAUGAGCUGUAAUUUCUUUGUCAUAAGAAGCCAAUAACAAACAUUAUGAAUUUCAGACGUCAGUGCGAAAAUAUUAUGGACGUAUGUUGUACUGUCUCAAACAUCAGAAAUAACGUCACAGUACCGCUUGACCCACCAAAAGCCCACACAGACAAGGGAUGUGGUCAUCGAAAUCGGAACGGAAUUGAUUUUAGAAUAACAGGAGACAUUGGUAACUUAGCCAAUGAAGGCGAAUUUCCAUGGAUGAUUAUCAUUUUGGGAAAAGAAGUUAUUAAUGGAAAACAAAAGGAAGUCUACAAGUGUGGUGGAUCCCUUAUUCAGAGACGCGUCGUUCUAACUGCAGCCCACUGUAUCAAUAAUUACAACACCGCGGAUAUCGUCGUUCGUGCAGGAGAAUGGGAUACUUCUUCUACUAAAGAACGCUUACCCCAUCAAGAUCGCACUGUGAACACUAUCAUUAGGCACCCUGACUUUGACAGUAGUUACCUUGGAAAUGAUUUUGCUCUUAUCAUCUUGGAUCGACCUUUCGAUCUCGCUGACAAUGUCGAAGUUGUAUGUCUUCCGAAACAAAACGAAGUAUUUACCAGCAAAGGUUGUUACGUCACUGGGUGGGGAAAGAAUGCAUUUGGUGAGAUUGGCAAUUUUUCUUCCAUCCUUAAAGCAGUUAAACUUCCUAUAGUACCGUCGCCCGAGUGUCAGAACAGGUUCAGAAAGACCCGUCUUUCAAAGUACUUCGAACUCCAUCCUUCGUUCAUCUGCGCUGGUGGAAUCCCCGGCGCCGAUGCUUGCCAGGGUGAUGGAGGCAGCCCUCUCGUUUGCCCGUUGGCGAAGGAUCCUAAUCGUUACGUUCAGGCUGGUAUAGUGGCAUGGGGCAUCGGUUGCAAUGAUAAUGUACCAGGGGCCUAUGCUCGAGUAGCUUCAGCACGCCAAUGGAUCGACGCAACUCUGAAAAAAUAUAAAAUCCCGGUAACCUCGUAUUCACCAAAGAGUUCCUAAGCCAACGAUUUGUAUUAUCCUGAAAAUAAUAAUACACACCAGGACAUUAUUACUAAAACAAUUCAUCAAAAUAAAUUCAAAACCUUUCAUACAUAUCUAAAAAAAGAAGUAGCAAAGAGUUAAAAAUUUGGUUUCUUUUCGUUCACUUGAGUCUCGCACUUGUUAAUUCAGCUCUAGUUUGGGUAAACUUUGACUUUUAGAAAGGAGAGUUUUGAAAAAAUUAUAUUCAGCAGAAAUCAUAUUGACAACUAAAAACUCUCUUAUGAUAAAACUUUGUCUCGUAGGAAGUUUUGUCUUGAACUUUGCAGAGAGUUAAUUGUCUAAAUAUUUUGUUGAAAGCGUAAAUUGUUUUUUUUUCGCUUGCCAUUGCACACGAUCAGCUGAACCAAAAUAAAUCACUACAGAGCUAUAUGCACUCUGUAAACGUUGGAAUCCAAAAGACUUUUAUCGAUAGCACUUGAAUGACUUUUAUUUUUGUGUUACACCAAAAUGAGUAUCUGAAUUUGAACAGUGAUGCUAUGCAUGCAAUAGUUUGAUUUUUGCACAAAUUUUGUCACUUAGCUCACUUGUCGAAUAG